GUCAACCUUCUCUUCCUUUAAACUCUAAUGCGACGAACAAAGCCACCGGAACUGGCCGUCACUAGUUUAUCGGAGAAUCUCCAAGGAGGUGUUUUCCGCACGGUGAAACGAGCUAUUGUGAUCGGAAACGGCUGCGCCGGCGCGGAGAAUCAAUGCAUCGGUCUCCUUCGAUCCUUAGGCCUCUUCGAUCGCCACCUCUAUUAUAGAGUAGCUAGACCAAAAGGUGGAAUCCUUCAAUGGCUUCCUAUCUCUCUCUACAAACGAAUUCAUCGUUUUAUCAGCACUAUCUGUGCCAGAUUCUCCAUUAACGCUACUGGAAUCACCAAUGUGUUUGAGGUAGAUGAUGCGAAGCAGAUUGCUGCUAUGGCUCGUAGUACGUUUGAAAAGAAUGGCCCGUUGUUAGUGGUGGCAUCUGGUAGUGAUACCAUUUCUGUCGCAAGCUCCAUAAGACGACUAGCUAGGGAAAAUGUUUUUGUUGUUCAGGUGCAACAUCCAAGGUCGCGUCUCGAGAGAUUUGAUCUAGUGAUCACACCUCGUCAUGAUUAUUUUUCUUUAACACCUGAAGGGAAGAGGCAAAUUCCUUUCUUUCUCCGACCAUGGGUAACUCCACGUGAACCUCCAGGUAGAAAUGUGUUUCUCACUACUGGAGCUCUUCAUUACGCCGACGCUUCUACUCUGAGAAAUGCUACUUUGGAAUGGAUGAACGAGUUUGCUUCGCUGCCAAAGCCUUUGGUUGUAGUUAAUAUUGGAGGACCUACAAGGAACUGUUUGUAUGGUGUUGAUCUUGCUAAACAGUUGUGUGGUAUGCUUCAGAGUAUCCUCUGGAGCUGUGGAAGCCUAAGAAUAUCUUUCUCAAGAAGAACACCGAAGAAGGUUGUAGAAAUCAUAACUGGAGAAUUGAGCUCUAACUCUAAGGUCUACAUUUGGGAUGGAAAAGACCCUAAUCCGCAUUUGGGACAUCUAGCUUUAGCCGAUACUUUUAUCAUAACUGCUGACUCUAUAAGUAUGCUGAGCGAGGCAUGUAAAACCGGGAAACCUGUUUAUGUUGUGGGUGCUGAACGGUGUACAUGGAAAUUUUCCGACUUCCAGAAGACUCUCCAUGAAAGAGGAGCUGUUCGACCUUUGACCGGCAAAGAAGAUAUCUGUGAGAAGUGGAGUUACUCGCCUCUUAACGAUAAUGCAGAAGCUGCGAGGCGUGUGAUUCAAGAUUUGGCCAAGCGUGGCUGGAAAAUUGAGACAUGACUGUGCUUUCCCUCCACAAGUUUUCCAGAGUAACUGUCUUUUCUCUUAUUUUCAUAUCAUCGGUUGAAUAAAGAGCAGGGCUAGGA